CGUUCUAAUAAAUUCUACUCGGAUUGUUCAAAUUAGUCGGAACAGUGGCUCUUGAUAGUAGAUGCAUGAUAAUUGUCAAAAAAAAAAAAUCUGAUUUCUCUAUUUUUCUUCCAUGCCUCUCUCCUUCCUUCUAUAUAAUCACCACCAAAAUAUCUCAUUCCUCUAAACAUAAGAAACUAAAGCAAAAUGUUGAAGCCUCAACUCCACCGAUCUCCUACCUCAACUACCCAUUUCUUGCUCCCUAAACCCUUCAUUCAUGGAAAUGGAGGCCACCAUAAUAAUCUCCCAAUCCUUUCAAGGUGUUUAUUACCUAAAACACAGAGAAAGAUUAGGGUUGGGUAUAAACAUUCUGCAGGGAACGUCGUAAAAGCAAGCAUUUCACAAGAGCUGCAAAAGAUUACGAAAGUGAAAGCUAUAGUUACUGUGAACAGAACUAUCGGCGGAUUCUUGUCGAACGUAGGGAUAGGCCGAGGACUUGAUGAUAUUGCUGAUGUUCUUGGCAAAACUCUCCUCCUUGAACUUGUUAGUUCAGAGCUUGAUUCCAAGACGGGAGAGGAGAAGGCGACGAUAAAAGCGUACGCGCACAAGGAAGACGAUGAAGGGGCGGAAAUAAAAUAUGAAGCAAAUUUUGAGGUGGGAGGUGAUUUUGGAGAAUUAGGUGCUGUUUUUAUUCAAAAUGAGCACCGUAGAGAGAUGUUCGUUAAGGAUAUUGUUCUUGAAGGGUUCAUUACUGGCCCUAUUCACUUGGCUUGUGAGUCGUGGGUUCACGGCAAGAAUCUUGAGCUGCCUAAAAGGCUCUUUUUCACUAAUAAGUCAUACUUGCCGUCACAGACGCCGGAGGGACUAAGGCGGUUCAGAGAGGAAGAACUUCUGAUUUUAAGAGGCAAUGGUGAAGGAGAGCGAAAGAAAGGCGAUCGGAUUUAUGAUUACGAUGUUUACGAUGAUCUCGGUGACCCUGACACUAAUCCUGACCUUAAAAGACCUGUGCUCGGCGGCGAACAGUUCCCUUACCCUCGACGUUGCCGGAAAGGAGCCGCCAGGUCCAACACAGAUCCACAAUCGGAGUCGAGGAGCGGCGGCGCCUAUGUUCCUCGUGAUGAAGAAUUCUCAGAAGUGAAGAACAUAACAUUUUCAGCAAAGACAGUUUACUCAGUGCUGCAUGGAUUGCUACCAUCAUUGGAGACUGUUUUAGUAGAUCCGGACCUUCCAUUCCCAUACUUCACAGCCAUAGAUUCUCUUUUCAACGAAGGAAUCGAUUUGCCACAUAUCGAACGGCAAGGGUGGAGAGAUAUAUUCCCUCGUAUUAUUAAGACUAUAGAAGAUGGGACCAAAGAGAUUUUAGCAUUUGAUACCCCUGAAACAAUGGAGAGAGAUAGAUUUUCCUGGUUUAGGGAUGAGGAAUUCGGUAGGCAGACUGUGGCCGGUCUCAACCCAUUGUGCUUACAAUUGGUCACGGAAUGGCCACUGAAAAGUACACUAGAUCCUGAGAUCUAUGGACCUCCAGAGUCAGCAAUUACUACAGAAAUGAUUGAAGAACAAAUUAGAGGAUUUAUGACAGUUGAAGAGGCCCUAAAACAAAAGAAGUUGUUCAUGCUAGACUAUCAUGAUUUGUUCUUACCUUUUGUGAGCAAAGUAAGGCAGCUCCAGAACACCACAUUAUAUGGGUCUAGGACGUUAUUCUUCUUAAACUCAGAUUCCACAUUGAGACCACUAGCCAUUGAGCUCGUUCGUCCACCAAUGGAUGGAAAGCCACAAUGGAAGCAGGCCUAUACACAAACUUGUGAUGCCACAGGUGUUUGGCUUUGGAGGCUUGCCAAAGCUCAUGUACUUGCACAUGAAUCAGGCUAUCACCAACUUAUUAGCCACUGGUUGAGAACACAUGCUUGCACAGAACCCUACAUCAUUGCAGGCCAUCGUCAGCUUAGCGUGAUGCAUCCUAUUUACAGGCUAUUGCAUCCUCAUUUCAGAUACACAAUGGAGAUCAAUGGCUUGGCUAGAGAAGCACUAGUUAAUGCAGGAGGGAUUAUUGAAUCUGCAUUCUCUCCAGGAAAGUAUAGUAUGGAGAUGAGCUCUGUUAUUUAUGGUAAGGUAUGGAGGUUUGAUCAAGAAGCAUUGCCUAAAGAUCUAAUUAGCAGAGGGAUAGCCGUUGAAGACCCAUCAUCUCCACAUGGCGUAAAAUUAACUAUCGAAGACUACCCGUAUGCCAGCGACGGACUACUUCUUUGGGAUGCAAUUAAAAGCUGGGUGAGUGAUUAUGUCAAUCACUACUAUCCAGACCCAAGUCUGAUACUGUCGGACGAAGAACUCCAGGCAUUUUGGACUGAGGUCCGAACCGUUGGCCACAGCGAUAAAAAGGAUGAACCCUGGUGGCCUGAGCUGAAAACACCCAAAGAUCUGAUAGAAAUCAUCACAACAAUGGUAUGGGUAACUUCAGGACACCAUGCUGCAGUGAACUUUGGACAAUAUGCAUAUGCAGGCUAUAUGCCAAAUCGACCGACAAUUACGAGACUGAAAAUGCCGGAUGAAGAUCCAACAGCCGACGAUUGGAAACUUUUUAUGGAAAAACCUGAAUGCAUACUCUUGUUGACAUUCCCUUCACAGUUUCAGGCAGCAAAAGUAAUAAUUGUUCUAGAUGUAUUGUCUACUCAUUCUCCUGAGGAAGAAUAUCUGGGAGAGAAAAUAGAGCCAGAAUGGGCUCAGGAGCCUCUCAUAAAAGCAGCAUUUGAGAAGUUCAAUGGAAGAUUGAAGACAAUUGAAGGAAUAAUUGAUGAAAGGAAUGCUGAUCCAAAUUUGAAGAACAGAAAUGGAGCUGGAAUUAUGCCUUAUGAGCUUUUGAAGCCAUUUUCUGAGCCUGGAGUUACAGCUAAGGGUGUUCCUUACAGUAUUUCCAUUUGAUGCUUUACUUCUUAUAAAAAAACAAAAAGCCUUCUCUAUAAAUAAAAAAAUUAUUAAUAAAAUUUAAUUUCAAUAUUAUAAAUUCA